AUGGAACCAUCAAUUACACUCAAUCUUAGUGAACCAAAAUCCAUUGACUCUGAGAAAGAAGCGGACAUCAACAAAUCAUUCCAGAUAGUCCCCUUCACCCAGUUCGCAACGACUUCAUCCUGGCUUUCCUCGUGGAACACCUCCUUAGCCUUCCGAGUGCAAACCCGAAACCCUCUUGGUACCCGACCUAUCCCGAUUUUUAAUAUCUGGCGUCCAAGCUUUUUCGGUAUCUCACUACCGCGCAAGGGCUUCCCGGCAGCGAAUCUCAGUCGACAUGACCUUCUCGUCAGCAAAGAUAAGGGUGACCCUAACGAGUUAAUCCACUUCAACAUAGAGGAUGUAAUUGGCGGCAUCGAUAUUGACCAGCCACCGUUCUAUGCAUGUAAGCACUGCUUGCGCUAUCGGGGCGGGGUGUAUCUUGCGGAUGGGACGUACCUUAGAUUUGAUGAUAUAAAUGAAGGAGAGCUAUAUCAGUUUCCAGCAGAUCCAGGAGUGGAUGUGGGCAGUCUUAGGUGGAAGCCGGAUGAAAGUUCUCAUUUACCAAGUUCAGGGGAGGGCAAUACAGAAAGGAUUGUUUGUCGAACUAUGGCAGAUGAGCGGAAAGACGAUAUUGGCCCAGUUCUCGCGGUUUUGACUCGAGAGGGUAUCGAACUUCUGCAGGACGUAAUAAACAAGGAGAAAGCUGCUGGCAGGAGAGUGGCUGGCGAUCAGAUCCUAGUGACUGGCAUUGCAAUUGCGUUUUAUUGUGGCUGGCUGGCUUGA